GGGAGCGAAGGAACGAGGGAGAAAGAGGAAGAAGGCGUUGGUGAGAGAGAGCCCUCUGACUCUUGGUGGCUGUGGCUGUGAUAUUUUUGCCACUAGGAUGGGAAGAGGAAGGGAGUAAGGGUGUGUCCAUAAAUAGAGAAGAAUCUGCCGUUACUUCUUUCUUUCCCUUUCCGUUGUUGAUUGUCCCUCAGUGGCACCUCCCAUCGAUAGAAAAAGAUCUCUUUCUCCCUCAUUCACACGCACAUAUACACAGUGAGAUGCAUAAGCCAUUGGUGGCAGGAAAGGAUGCAUGAGGCAUUUGCUUCCCCGUUAGUCUUCCUGUUUCUUUCCGAAUCGAUGGGCUAUGGACAAUGCCGAAGGUACUUGAGACAGUUCGAGGACGAAGCUUGAGGUACUGAUCUUCUGUGAAUAAAGCAGUCUGCGAGGUGUCAGGGGGUUGAAUUUUGUUCGAUCAUUGGUGGUGCUUUGAGCCUUAAAUUUGGGAUUUUUUGUUUAUGGCAAUGGAUGUGAAGUCAAAUCAACCUUCCCCAGUUCUUACAGACCCUGCACCUCUAACAAAACCUAGGUUAGGUUUAUCAUGUAAUUUGGUUCCAUGUUCAACAACUGCAAGUUACACAUCAGGUAUUCCCAGUGGUCAUUAUUUGGGAAUCAGUAGGAAGAAGCACUGGCAAAACAACAUUGAGAAUGUCUACCCAAAUGGGUGGCUUGAUGCAAUGAAGGCUUCCUCCCCCACUCACAGAAACCAUGCUACCAAAGAUGAAUCUUCCGAGCAGGAUGCAGCUUUUCGCUUGUGGGAGGUGGCAUAUCCAUCAGCUCUUGGCUCUUUCAAGCUUAUUACAAAUUCUGCAAGAGGAAAAAGAAUAUUACUUUUUCUAGACUAUGAUGGAACGUUAUCUCCUAUCGUGGAUAAUCCAGAUUUCGCUUUCAUACUAGAUGGGAUGCGCCCUGUCAUACAUGAAGCUGCAAAGCUGUUUGCUACUGCAAUAAUAAGUGGCAGACGUCGAGAUCAGGUUUACAAAUUUGUUGGACUAUCUGAACUCUAUUAUGCUGGUAGCCAUGGAAUGGACAUAACGGUACCUGUAAAUGAUUCUUCAAAUGUUUGUUGUGGCAAAGUUGACCAAGCUUCCAGAGGUGGUCAGGGUAAUGAAUUAAAUUUCUUUCAACCUGCCAAUGAGUUCUUAUCAAUGAUUGAUGAGGUUUUCAAUUCUCUAGUGGAAAGUACUAAAGGAAUUGAUGGUAUAAAGGUUGAGAACAACAAAUUUUGUGUUUCUGUACAUUAUCGUUGCGUCAAGGAGGAGAAGUGGGAUGCAGUCAGUCAACAAGUGCAGAUCGUCCUUCAACGAUACCCUAGAUUAAGACUAACUCAUGGCCGGAAAGUCAUGGAAGUUCGUCCAAAGAUAAAGUGGGACAAGGGAAAAGCUGUGGAGUUUUUUAUUGAAACACUAGGUCCUGCCAACUGCCAUGAUGUGUUCCCCAUAUAUAUAGGAGAUGAUCGGACUGAUGAGGAUGCUUUCAAGGUGUUGAAAGAAAGGCAUGAAGGCAUUGGAAUCUUGGUGUCUGAAGUGCCAAAGGAAACUAGUGCCUCCUACACUCUCAAAGAUCCAUCUGAGGUGAAGAGUUUCCUGGAGUGCUUGAUUAAAUGGAGGAAGUCGGAGAACCUGGGAAUUUGAACAUCUACUGCUGAUCAUUUUCUAUUUAUUUUCAUUUUCCAUCCUUUUGUCCUAUGAAUAUUUGUCCUCGUUCAAGUUAGCCCAAUUUUGUAAAUGUGUACAGAUGUAUAUGCCUUUGAUUAUCAAAAAAAGAAAAAUCUGUA